GCUUAUUGCUAAAUUUUGCACACCCAAGCCAAGUCAAUUUUUUCGUUUAUCCUUCGUAAACAAUGUAAGUUCGGAAAAAGUUCUUCUUCAAAGCAUUUAACAAUGGAUGCCUUAUUUUGCUAUCAUCUAGUACUUAUGCUCGUGGCGACUGUAGCAUUUAUAUUCUUAUGGAUUGGAUUCGCGACCCCGGGCUGGCUAGUUGUUACUUUCCAGGAGUCAGAGUUCAAGAAUGAAUACACUGUGUCAUCACUGAACAGGUCAUUAUUUUACGACAUUCUGUGUCCUCAAGAGCUGAAGGACUGUAAGACAUGCCGAGCUGGCGAAAAAUCGCAAGAAUGUGUUCAAGAUAUGGCGUAUGUUCAAUACACAUCACAUUAUACCUGGAUCGAUGUAUUAACGGCGAACACGGAGGAAUGGGUUGCUUGGCGUGUCAUCAUGGUGUUCGUGAUUUUCCUGUGUACCGUGGGCUUCGUACUCGUGCUGUGCCUCGUGUGUUGUAUACUGAAAACCUUUGUUUACAGGGCCAUAGCAACAACAGGGUUCAUUUUAUGGAUCGUUGGAGGACUGUUGACGUGGAUUCCUAUUGGAAUGGUUGCCCACAUGCACCUGGAGAUAGAGGAUACCGUAAAUGAUGAUCUGUUCCACGACUCGACCCUACACACUCCCUACUCCGUGGUCCUUGUUGCGCUCGGUGCCUUCCUCGCGAUAAUCACCGCACUUAUGUUGCUGUGUAUCACAGGUAUCUGUGGCGGGCGGAGAGAGAAGAUGUCGGACACACGGACGGACGAGUCUUCGAAAAUACCGACAGUUGUCACACGUGACCAGCGUUAUUACGGGCCACACCCGUACUACCCACCAGAAAGACAGUUGUAUUACUACAGAGAACAACCGAAAUAUUACCCAUCAAGAGUAGAGAGGUACAAUGAGAUGCCAGUGGACGAUUAUGCUUACAACGGUGGUCAGGCUGCAUGGGGACCGAACCCAUGGUACGACAACCGAGUCUUCUAGAGCUCCUCCAUAGAGCCGAAUGUGUUCAUUUCCUUGUGGCAUAUGAACUCUUUGUUUUUCGCGCUUUUCUAUAUAUACUAGUGUACCUGCUUCAAAAAUAUCAACUAUUUGCUCAUGUAAACUGUUUAGUUACAGUUUUUAUUAUAUGACUUUUUAUAAAACUAACCGGUUUAUAGUUGCGCUAUUGGACGGAUGGUCUAAAUAUCAGCACUUACUUAUACUGGGUUAAAGUCAAAACUUGACGAAAUAACUAUGAAAAAAUAGUUCUAAAGUCAUGUACUAAAUCACUUAUUGAAUGGCUUACUGGUCAGUAGUUAAGACAAUAUUGUUCAUACAGCUGUGGGAUUUUUCGGUUUAUAUUGAACCAGUUUUAUGUGUCGUUGAAAAAGCCUGCAGUUUCUGUAACACUAAAGUUUUUACUUGCUUUCGCAAAUUUGAUUCGACUGUAAUUUCAUCCUUACACGACGCAUACACCAGUUCAUUUCAAAUAUUAAUAAAAGUAGGGUAAUAUGAGUCGUAAAGAGCUUUACGUGAUGAAUUCAUUAAAAACACCAGACUGAGUCCUUCAUUUGAGCCGUGCCAUGAGAAAACCAACAUAGUGGCUUUGCGACCAGCAUGGAUCCAGACCAGCCUGCGCAUCCGCGCAGUCUGGUCAGGAUCCAUGCUGUUCGCUUUCAAAGCCUAUUGCUAUUAGAGAAACUGUUAGCGAACAGCAUGGAUCCUGAUCAGACUGCGCGGUUGCGCAGGCUGGUCAUGAUCCAUGCUGGUCGCAAAGCCACUAUGUUGGUUUUCCCAUGGCACGGCUCAAUUAUAAUAACAUACAAUCAAUGGAAAUACUAGGCCUUCCGCCUGGAAUAAAAGUUAUUCAUGCAAUGUUUAUUUAAAAUAUCCAAACUUUUUUUAAAAGAAGCUACGAUUCACAUACAAAACAUUUCAUCAGCUAUGUGGAAUCAUCAUAUCGACUGAACUAACCAUGCACAACUGAAAACCAUUGAAAUAUUAUUUAGUAUAUUAUGCUGGUAUUGAAAAACAGAUUGUCUGACUGAUAAGCUUCAUGUCUGCAACUGUUUUACAAUCAGUUUCUGUAUCGCCAAGGCAACCGUAUUUUCUACACCUAAUAAGACUAGCAAGAGUUGUCGAAGAACAGCAACGCUCGACUGUUCAACUGCUUUUUUCAACUGAAUGAGUAUCAAAGUCGGAAAAGGGACAUUAUUUUGUAAAAAAAAAUCAGAGUUAUGGAGCCGGUACAAUGCAUGUCAGGUCAUCACAGUGGACAAAUGUUUGAAGUUUUGAUCGAUUCCCGUUAGUAGUUACUGAGAUACAAACCUACAUUAAAAACUUAACCAAAAUUGCUAAGUCGAAAAAGGGGUAUAACUUUGCAAAAAAAAAGCAAAA